AUGAAAAUGAAAACUAGUCAAAAAUUUCUGAAGACUCCAACACCUAUGAGAAAGGAGAAGAGCAAAAGCUCACCACAAGGUUUUAGUAGAAAGUCAAGCUCUAAAGUCACUCUUACUGGGAACACAACCUCCUCAAUCAUAGGGAUUAUUGGUAAAAGUCAGAAAUAGCACCAAUGGGUCUGAUAUCUCAGGAGAGAUUCAUAGUAUUGCUCAAAGCCAAAUGAAAAUGACCACUAAGAGUGAGGCUGAGAUGCACCUGAAUUUUAACCCUCUCCCAGAUAAUGAAACACAGAAGAAAAUAGACUACUUCAUAACCCCUUAUAACAGCGCUAAAGUUGUUACAAAGUUUAUGAAUUUUAACGAAAAGGAGACUCAGGGACAUGUACAAUUAGACUCAUGAUACAAGUGGAAAAAGAUAUCAGGAAUGAUCCUCAACCAGGAUAAGUACUCAUUGAGGAAUACUCUGAGUACUAUAAAUGAUAAGUUAUACAAAACUAUCGACCAUGCAUUAAGGAUGAAUAAUACAAAGAAAUUGCCUCUUCAGAAGAAACGAGUAAAAUUUAUGGGGUCCCAGGUUGACAACCCGAAUGCUAAGCCUAGCAGAAGGAUGCUAGCUCCUCCAAAGAGAGUGACAAAGUCCCAUCGGUAUAAAACUUCUCCCAUUUUUGUAUGAAAAAUUAAUGAGUAUAAGAACAGCACUGCACCAAGGAAGUCUAUUAUCUCAACUGUUUUGGAAGGAAUCAGGGAAUCGCAGGAUAAACUGAGGGAGAAAGCUGAGCAGAAAAAGAAUGAUACGACUCAUAAGGCUGAAAUCGUAAGGCUCUUCACCAGAAGCAAAUCGCUAAAUUUCUCGAAUCACAAAGAUCCAGUGAGGGGGAUUCAAGCGAAAAAUGGGUUGAAGAAUUCCUACUCAAGAGAAUCUAAGAUGAGUCAUGCCCAGAAAUCUGAAAUCGGGGAUGAUUUGAAGCCAAUCUGCUCCGUUAUGGAGAAUGAUCAAGAACUAUUAGAGUCAAGCUGAUCGUCCUUUGACUCUUCAGUACCUUCACACAAGAAGCGAGUGGUAAACCAGGCUUUGCUACUGGAACUUCUCAAGGGGGAGCACCAAGUGUUUCGGAAACAUCAGAGUAACAAAAAGAUUUUCCUAUAUAAGCCACUUCAAAAUGGUAGGGUUAGUACUAACCGGCUUAUUGAUACUAAAGAUACUACUCCUUGCCAGCCUCAUGGUGAAAGAAGUAAAACCAAACUAAGCUCAGCCAGGAAGAAUUUCUUCAAGUAUAGUACCCCUACUAUCUGCUUCAAAGAGGGGUACCCCAACCAAUGUUUAAGGCAGACAGAUAAGUCAAGUCCUCAGAAUGCCAAUCAGGUAGCCUCCAAACUUAGUCAUAGAGAGACAACAAGGCUGGAUCGAACUCGUAAUAGACCGAUCAUUGAAAUGGCCUCUGGCACUAGUUUUAAAAAACAUAGCCAGAACGCGGUGGGCCUAAAUUCUCACAAUUUACCAAUGAAAGUAUGAAAUAAAGAAAUUUUCAAAAAGACUAGUCAUAAGGUUAGACAUGUUUCUCAGGCCUUGAAGCAGAAUACAGGCCACCCCUCUUGUGUUCCUACGGGUAAGAAACGGAGGAAUAUAAAGACAACAGGCUGUCGCCUAUUUUCUCCUCAGCCUCGGUUGACUGCACAGAAGAUCAAGAGAGAGGGAGGCCUUCUGAUGGCCACUCAGUGCUUCAUCUAACUAAGCUAUUCGACUAUAUUAGUGGUAAAAACCUUUAUUUA